UUAUUUCAGGGCUAUCAUGCUUGUGAGAUUGACUAAUUUAGUCUUGUAACAUUUUCUGUGAUUUGAUUCUCAUUUGAAAGAAUUGAUUAUAUGGAAAAUAGUUUGUGACAGCAUUACUUCUGCAAAUUGGCAACGAUAUUGUAGAGCCACUUCUCUAAAACCAAAAGCUCAUGGACUGGUCUCGUGCCUUGCACAUUCUGAAAUGUAUUUUUCGGAUCAUUUUUGUCUUCAUCAACAAUCUCUACUGCAUUCCCACGUAUGUAAUGUGGACUCUAGUGCUGUUGAGACCCCUACGUCAUUUCAAGCCAGCGAUCUAUUGGAAAAUUGAAGGGAUUUUAUUUAAGUGGCUACUAUACAUGGUUGCUGCUUGGAAUUGGUCGGCCAAGUACUACAUACAAGAGGUAGGGGAAGACAUAAGUAGCUGUGUCAACCACCGAUCUUUGAUCCUGAUGAAUCACCAGUCUACAGCUGAUGUUCCACUAUUGAUGGCUGCAUUUCAGAAUAAAGGUGAAGUUUUGCAAAAUGUUACCUGGGUCAUGGAUCACCUUUUCCGCUACACAAACUUUGGUGUGGUGUCCUGGAUACACGGAGACUUCUUUAUAGCCCAGGGGAAAAGCGGACGUGAAGUGCAGUUAGAAAAGUUAAGAUCUCAUUUAGUCAAGGUUUACUUACAACAAGACCGACAGUGGAUUAUACUGUUUCCAGAGGGAGGAUUUCUAAGGAAGAGAUUAGAAAGCAGCCAAAAAUACAAGAGAGCAUGGCUAUCCUGUUCUCAAUCAUGUUACGUUCCUAGAAUUGGGGCACUAAAGGUGAUUCUGAAUGUAUUAAAAAAAGAAAAUGUUGGAAACGGCAUCAUCAUAGAUCAUUUGAAUAAUGAACAAGUUUCAGUUAAAAAGCCUGAACCAUUAAAGUGGGUGAUUGAUAUAACAGUUGGGUAUCCAGAUGGUGGACGACCUCUAAGUUUGCCGACCAUAUGUACUGGUAGCAGACCACCUUGUGUAACCUAUAUGCAUUAUAGAAAAUUUCCAAUUGAUGAUAUUCCAAGUAAUAAUGAAGAAGAACUCAGGAACUGGUUAUUUAAACGUUGGCAGGAGAAGGAAGAAAUGUUGACAGAAUUUUACAAAACAGGCAAGUUUCCAGUUAGCCACCUUGGUGAAAGUAGUGAUUGUGGCCAUGAGAGUUUUCAACCAGUACAGCAACUGAACUGUGUGUUGUGGCUUUGCCUGAAUGUAUUUUUUAUCAUCUCAACUUACUUCCAUUGUUAUCUUCUUAUAAAAUUAUGGCAACUUAUGUUUUGGUAGUACUAACAAUCCAGAGUUUGUGGAAUCAAAAUUCACAACUAUCUAACUAUUUUAUUCAAAUUGUAUUCAUUGAGAUCUUCUUCAAACAACGUUUUGAAAAUGACUCCAUUGUUGGUUUGUAGAUAGAAAUAUCAGGGAAUAUUAAUUUACAAACCUUUUAAUUCAUCUUAAUAGAUAUAUGAAAAUUUUUGUUUUACUUUUCAAUGUUUCAAAAAAUUACUUGUAAAGUGUUUUAAGUUUUAGAAUGUCAAAAUCACAAGUUCAGUAAAUUAACAAAGCUCGUGCUCCUUACCAACAAGUCACUAGAAUUCUACUAAAAUUCAAUGAAUUUGUUUUGUUGCUUGUUACUGAAAGAGUAUUACUUGUUGAUAAAUUGCAAAUGUGUGUAAUGUCAUUUAUUGCUGUGUAAAGCUAUAUUAUGUAUACGUGUUCAAUAGUAACAUUUAUAAACUGCACUAGUGAUUUCUCUGCGUUAUUACAUGAAACAGACUGCAUGAGUGACUUCUCUCUACCUGGAACUUUAUUGCAUUAUUAUUAGCUACAAAUGUUGGUGAAACAGAUUAUGAUAUAGACUUCUUUUUCAUGCCUUGAAUUACAUAAUCUUUUUCAGUUACAAAUUUAGAUAAAGAAGACCAUACUGUGAUAACUUCCCUCUACCUAGAACUUUAUAAUAUGUCAUCAAGAUACAAAUUUAGGUAAAACAAACUAAAUCCCUGGAACUUUUAUUGAAUGUUUAUUAACUACAAACUUAGAUGUGAAAUAAAUUAUAUUAGUCACUUGAUGCCCUUAGAGCAUUAGUAAAUGUUUAUUAAUUAUAAAUGUAAAUUAGAUCCAAGUGAAAAAACUAAACUACUUACCAUAACUGCACAAACCUAGAAAUACAAAACGACUUUAAUAGCAACAGUGUAGAUAUCUAAAUAGUGACACAAAAUCAAGCUUCAUUGUUUUUCACAGAAUUUAAAAAAAGUUGCAUUUACUAUUAGCAGUGACACACUUUUAUUUUGGCUUGAAUUAAUCGUCUUAACCAUAAUUUUUGGUUCAACAUCUCAUCAAUUAAGAAUGACUGUAAUUUGAAAUUAAUUACAUUAAUUAGUUGCUGAGAUUAAUUAUAUGUGUGUGUGUGUGUGUGUGUAAUUAAUCUCUGACUAAUUAAUAAUAGGUAAAGAAAUAGUUUGUUUCUGGUUUGAUUAAACAUAAUGUUUUGUAUAUAAAUACUGAAAUUAUUUGAGCAUGCCAUUUUGUCAUACAAUAUUUGUACCAUUAGUGUUAUUUAGAUAUAUUAAUAUAAGCAUUGUAUGUCUAAACACUUUACAUUAUAGAACGAGGCACACUGUAGAAGUGUUUUUGUAUGUAUUUCUAUAAUUCUCACUUUUUCAACUAGUAAAUAAAUAAGGCAUAGCAGAAUAGCAAGAUAUUUUUUUCAUAGAAUUAUGUUUGUAAAGAAGAAUUGAAUUCAUUAUUUAGAAACUUACAGUAUUUAGAGUGUUACCUUAAUGUGAGAUGUAUUUAAAGUCAAUUCUUUUUAUUGAGGUGAUUUAUUCUUUUUUUUUUGAUUCAAUAAAAAAAACCUUAGAUAAGGUUAUAGUUAACAAUCUUUUAUUCCAACUCUUCUAAACAGGUAAAUUGAUCAAUGAAUAUACCAAAACAUUAUUCUGUAUUACAAAUGGAAUAUUUGAAGAAUCAAAGGUUAAUUCAUCAAGUUUCAGCUGAUGAGUGUUGAGAUCUUGAUUAUUGUUUAUCAUAAUCUUUAACAGUAUUCAGAUUUAAUCAGGUCUUUAAUGUUACAUCAUGUAACACUUCCAUAAUACAUUUUCAAACGAUCGUAAGGCUUAACAGCUUUGUUUAGUGAACUGUAAAUUAACUGUUCUCAUCUGAUUCAUCCAUGUCUGACAGAAACAAGCCAUUUAUAUUACUUUUCUUAACUUUAGAGUGGUUUGUAAUUGUUUUAACUUCUAUUUUUUUUUUUAAACUUUUAAACCUCAUUUCUCCUAAUGAUUAUACUUUCGGUUUUAUUUAUUUAAUUUUUUUGUUAAAAUAAUGCAGACAUGUUAGAUACACAAGUUCCUCGGGCAUUCUGCUAUUCUUUUGUUAUGCUACCUUUACUGAUACUCAUUUUUUAUGCUUUUCCUUGCUGAUAAUCUGUAAAAAACUGAAACAUGUGCAUAAAUCUAUAAAUUUCCUUUUUUUAACCCAGUUCAUUGCCCUAAAAUAUAGACUUUUCUAAAUCUGUAAUAUUAUGGUGCUAUGAAUGAGUAUAACAAUAUUUUAUUGUGAAGAAUAUCCUUUUAUCAUGAAGCUAAUGAGGUUGAGUAGAUUUAUCAUUCCUUUUCAGUUUUGUAUAGUUGGAAAAUUGUAUAUUUAUGUGAGAUUUUAUUUAUAAUUUUGUUCGUAACAGUGUACUGAACUUAAAAAGAGUUGUUUUUCAGAAUAAGGGAUAUAAAUUUUUCAUACACACAUAUAUAUAUAUAUAUAUAUAUACAUAUAUAUAUAUAUAGAUAUAUAUAUAUGUAUAGAGAGAGAAAGAGAUUUGUAAGACAAAAUCGAAGAAUGUUGAGUAUUAUAAAAGACGCAAAAAUAUAAUGACCAGAUGUGGUAGUUGAAUCACUGUUGGAAGCUCCACUCUUGUGGGUUUUGGCUUGAACAAAGGUUUUCUAUAAGUAUUAUAUGAACUGGCAAUAUAUUUUGUUUUACUUUAAGGUUAUGAGGUAAGUAACAAGUGGAACGGCAUAUCUUCCAAGGUCUCAGUAGUAUGACUUUAACAUGUUGUCAUUUUCAACAGUUAAAAAUGAAAGGAAAAUCAAUCUCAUAUAAGUGUUGAGUUAGUUUAGGUGAUAUGUUUUAGAAGUACUGAGAUGUUUGGUGUGUUUGUGCCAUUUCUUAAUAUACUUAUCACUGAGAGCUGGUUAAUGUUAAAAAAACUAAAGAAGUAUUAGUACCUUAAAAAACAUUCAGUUAUUAUUUCAGUAAAAUGUUUUUGAAGUAAAAUAACUUCUUUGUUUUAACUUUAAAAUCUCAAAACUUUUACAAAAAUAAAAUGAAUAUUUUUUGUGGGGGAUUCCAUAAAAUGCAAUGAAUGUAACAGGAAAAAUGUAGUUUUGGUUACAAGUGAACAUUUUAGUGUUGCUCUGUUUUACAACUUUUAGAUUGAUGGUUUUUAUGUGUGAUUUCCGUAUUCAGUAACAAAUAUUAGGACACCAAAUAAUUGUAAUAAAUUGUACUUGCACGUCUA